GCGGCCGUCAAUGGCAAUGAGUUGUGCACGUCACCUGUCUCUAACAUGUAGCGAGGAACGCAAACACGGCUCGAAUUUCUCCUCAGAUUUGGCCCUUUUACCCAACAAUCGGAUCUCACUUAUCUUUUCAUUGAGCCGAAUUGAAACGGGAUGUCAAAAAUGUUCGCUAAAGCUCGCAAACCCAACCGAGAGCCAUUGAGGGCAGAAGUGACCGUAUGAAUUAAACGGCAUUAGCUAGCCAUAUAGCUGGGGUUACCUUCGAAACGAGCUAAUAUCAUCCACGGUCAAAAUAUUUAGACGUUCAGCGAUUGGCCUCUCUAUAAGAAAGCCAAACCCGACAGUCGCCUGGAACGUGGCGUAUUCUGGAGGACAAAUUUCAACCUGAGAAUCAGAAUCACGCAUGCUCAGCCCUUGAAGCAUACAGUGCCUCUGGAGGUGGCCUGAGCCAUGGGGGCAUUUUUGGACAAGCCCAAAACGGAGAAGCACAAUGCUCAUGGGGAAGGGAACGGCCUGCGUUUUGGCAUCAGCAGCAUGCAGGGCUGGAGAGUGGAGAUGGAGGAUGCGCACACUGCAUUUGUAGGCCUGCCACAUGGUCUGGAUGACUGGUCCUUCUUCGCCGUCUAUGACGGUCAUGCCGGCUCACGUGUUGCUAACUACUGCUCCAAGCACCUGUUGGAAAAUAUCAUUGCCGCAGGGUCGGCAGAUGAACUACGGAGGGCUGGAGCUCCAGCACCCGAGACGGCAACAAUAGAGGCAGUGAAAAGGGGGAUCCGCACUGGCUUCCUGAGGAUCGAUGAGCACAUGCGCAGCUUUACUGAUCUGCGGAAUGGCAUGGACCGCAGCGGCUCCACCGCAGUAGCUGUGCUGCUUUCUCCAGAACAUCUCUAUUUCAUUAACUGCGGGGACUCACGGGCCCUUCUCUGCCGCAAUGCGAACAUCUGCUUCUCCACAAUGGACCACAAGCCCUGUGACCCACGGGAGAAAGAACGCAUCCAGAACGCUGGUGGCUCGGUGAUGAUUCAGAGGGUGAAUGGGUCGCUGGCUGUAUCCAGAGCACUAGGUGAUUAUGACUACAAGUGUGUAGAGGGCAAAGGCCCUACAGAGCAGCUUGUAUCACCAGAGCCUGAAGUAUUCGAGAUUGCUCGGUCAGACGUGGAGGAUGAAUUUGUGGUGCUGGCAUGCGAUGGUAUCUGGGAUGUGAUGAGCAAUGAGGAGCUGUGUGCCUUUGUGCGAUCGAGGCUGGAGGUGAUUGAUGACCUGGAGAGUGUGUGCAAUGAGGUUGUUGAUACUUGUCUACAUAAGGGAAGUCGAGAUAAUAUGAGUAUUGUAUUAGUCUGUUUGCAAAGUGCACCCCAGGUGUCAGAGGAGGCGGUAAAGAGAGAUGCUGAUUUGGACAAUUACCUUGAGUCACGUGUAGAAGAAAUCAUGGCGAAAGCAGGGCAAGAAGGCGUGCCUGAGCUGGCACAUGUAAUGAGCAGCCUUUCCCAAGAGAGUAUCCCUAACCUUCCACCAGGGGGUGGCCUUGCCAGCAAGCACAGUGUUAUUGAAACAGUGUAUAACCGGUUGAAACCCCAAAGAGAAGAGGAUGGUAGUGGUGCUGACCUUGAGGACCCAUGGUAGUUGUCGCACCUAAGGGAAGAGUCCUUUUCUACACAAGACCUCGGUCAUGUUUCUGCCGUUCCAAUGAAACCAAGAGACUCAAUGGACAGUCUUUCAAGAGUCACAUCACAAGGGACAAACAGUACAACCAAAAGCAUAACAAACAUUUUUUUGCCAGUACAUGAGGGAAAGAAUAGAGUUCCAGUUUUAAAAACUCACAAAAUGAAUAACAAAAUACACAUCAUACAAUAAAAAAAAAUCUUACUUUUUUCGUGGUGGCUGUGGGUGUUCAUUUUGAAACCGAGGAUGUUAUUUUGCGUGAUGGACACAUGUACGUGCUGUGGUGCCCUUCCCAUUUGGCUGCUAAUUGGUAUGACUUUUGCCCUGAGUUCAGGAUACAGUGCAUAAACUUGGCUAUGUAAGACCAUUGCAGCUCCCUGGUACAAGGAUACGGAUCAUCUCUGGGUUUAAAUAAUGACAUAUUUGACUCAUGAAUGCAUGUGGAACAUGUUAUAAGGAUUGCUUGAAACUUGUUGGAUUUUUGCACCUUUCUCCCCAGCCCCAUGUGCGCUGACAGACCUUUAGGUAAAAUCUUGGACUGAACUCUUCUUCAUUUUGCAGGUGAUCACUUGAUUGGUUUUCGAAAGCUUUUUAAUCCUGCUGUUUCAGAGAAUAUAGAAUAUAUAAAGAUUAAUAUAUAUAAAUUCAUAUACAUAUAUAUUUUUUAUUUUUUCAAGUUAGAUGUUCUUUGUGGCUUAACGUUUGAGAAGCAAUAGAGUUGUGUUGGUGGUGACCUGUGAGUGUGCCACAUUGUGUGAAUUUUAGACACUGAGAUUGUUCAAGUUAUGUACUUAUGUAACCUAGCCACCCAGGAAUUGUUGGUGUUUUUGGCUAAAAGGGAUUGUAACUACCCACCAAAGCAAUGCAGCUUUUCUCAGCUCCCCUGUGUAUUAUAUCUCUCAAUCUACUUAUUAUCAGCCUUCACUUCCACAAUGUAGAUAUGCAGAUUUUAACUUGCAGCAAACUUUUUUUUGUCACAGACUUGGAAUAAAGUGGGAUAUACAGUUCUA